CUUUUCUUCAGCACAGACGGUGGCGUAAAGAUUGAGAACUAUCGUUAAUCGUUUGACUGCCGACAUGACUUGGUUUACCGGUGCCCGAGACACGUCUGAUAAAGGCUGGCAUUUUGAUGCUGUCAGUCUCUUAGCUGUAAUUGGGGAGUCCAUCAUCGAGAGGCAGAAGCAUCUUAUAGUGGCUUCACCAUUUUGUGCUCUACCGCGACUUUUACCGGCGCCACAAGCCAUUUUAAACACGGGUUCGACGACCCAGCUGCCACCGGUUACCAAUGUGUCUGUCAUUGGUGUAUAUUCAGGGAGAACUUACAAUCAAAUGGGUUACUUCGCCGGACUUAUCCAUGAGGUGGACAACUUGGAACCUUAUGAAUUUCGCGCUUAUCGCAUCGGUCAUACGGAACGCUACUACACUGAAGCCAAACCCGGUAGCCUGGAAGAAUAUCACGAACCCGCUAGAACGAGGAUCGGCCUGCAGUUUCUCUGCCCCAUGAAUAUCCUUACAUUAGCAUCUGUUCUCUUAACGAUUGGUUUGGCUAUUUGGUCGAUCAUCCUCCACGAUGGUGUCGGUUUGCUUGCCAUAAUCACCAUUUCGAUAUCCAGCAGCCUUGCAUGUCUUUCGCAGCAUUCCUAUCCAGAAGUCGAGAGGAAAGAAGAAUACGCCAAUGAGCAAGAGAAACUUGUUAUCAGGACCCGCAAUGGUGCUGUUAUUGUCGUUCAGUGCACCGAGGAUAUCGCCCAGGAACUAUAUCUAAACCCAGAACAUUACAAGUAUACCUUGAAGCCGGAUCAAACUCUCUUCAAAUUCCUGAUGGUGGCCAGCACCGUUCUACUCAUGAUCUCCGUGCUUCUUCUAAGCAACUGCGGGUGGACAAUGCAGACAGCUAUCGCUGUUACCUACAUCCUGCUGAACUUUUUUUACUGGGCCAUCUCAGUGCUGCUUAAUAGGCCAAACUCCUGGGAUUUACUUGGAUUUAAAGUGGAAGUGUACAAUUAUAGAAAAUACGCUAGUUAUACGUAUGCACUCUGGUUUGCGAUCCGGGAAACAGGCGAGGUUGGGUGGGUUAAAGAAGCUCGUUUAUUACCUGAUUCGGAAGCGUGGAAUGCCUGGUUAGAGGAGGCAAAGCAAAACAUCACGAAUUCAAACUAGGAACCUGAGGAGGCAAGACUUCGAUUGAUGGCAGAAGCAUCAUUGUCAAGUCGCGUCCCU